UUGUGCUGUCUGCCCAGGCAGGGCAAGUUCUUAUCUUCAAAGAGAUUGCGAUCGGCACUGGAAAGAAUUUCUCAGUGAGCCCCAGCUUGAAGUAAAAGUCAAGAAUCCCAGCUUACUGGCUGGCAGUUGCUACCAACUAGUCCAGCCUGACCACAGGCACGAAAAUUAAUGAGCUCCAUCUUUGGCAUGGGUUAGAAAAUUCCACUGUGGCAUUGGCAGGGCUCACACCGGUACCAGAACUUUAAAGAAGCCCCACGCUGAAAGCUACAAGGAACAAAUGAGGUGGAUCACAUGUCUCCCAGGCUGAGAGCCUUCCUCUCUGAACCCAUCGGAGAAAAGGAUGUGUGCUGGGUGGAUGGGGUCAGCCAUGAACUUACGAUCAAUUUGGUCACCAAAGGUUUCAACAAGGCCUACAUCCUGUUGGGACAAUUCCUUCUGAUGCACAAGAACCAAGCGGAGUUUCAGAAGUGGCUCAUUUGUUGUUGCGGCGCCACCGAGUGUGAGGCCCAGCAGAGUUCCAACUGUCUCAAGGAGUGGUGCGCUUGCUUCCUGUAGACACAAGCCCAAGGCCAGCAGACGGGCCCCUGGAUGCAAAGCCGCUCAGCUGUGCCCAGCCUGGACCAGCCAGCCCUCAGCUGACUCACAGAUGUGUGAGGGAGAAUAAAGGAUUACUAUUUA